UUCGGGCAGGUCAGCCGGGCGGGUCGAUAGACUGAAGAAAGGAGGGGGGAACCAUAGAGGAGAGGGGAAGAAACCGAGAAGUUUUUUAAAUCGCCCUUGGGAUUUUUUGAUAAUUGUUUGUUCAAGAAACUUGUUUAAAACAUUAACCAAAAAGAUGGGGAACCGGGUCGCCCGUGAGGACUACGAGUGGGUGUAUACGGACCAGCCGCAUGCCGACAGGAGAAAAGAGAUCCUGGCAAAAUACCCAGAAAUCAAGUCGUUGAUGGGUCCUGACCCAAGGCUGAAAUGGAUUGUGUGCAUGAUGGUGGCUAUACAGUUUUUAGCUUUCUACCUGGUCAAAGACUUGGACUGGAAAUGGGUUUUGUUUUGGACUUAUGCCUUCGGCAGCUGUAUCAACCACUCAAUGACCCUCGCUAUUCACGAGAUUUCCCACAACACGGCCUUUGGAAACAACAAGGCCAUGUGGAACCGCUACUUUGCCAUGUUUGCCAACCUGCCCAUCGGUCUGCCCUACUCAGCCUCCUUCAAACGGUAUCACCUGGACCAUCACCGCUACCUGGGCGGAGACGGUGUAGAUGUAGACAUCCCCACUGAGUUUGAAGGCUGGUUCUUCUGCACACGCUUCCGCAAAUUCAUCUGGAUUAUUCUGCAGCCUCUGUUCUAUGCCAUCCGGCCUCUCUGCAUCAACCCCAAACCCAUCACUCAGUUGGAGGUGACCAAUGUGGCCUUCCAGCUCACCUUUGACAUUCUGCUGUAUUGGCUGUGGGGGGCUAAGCCUGUGGUCUACAUGCUGGCUGGCUCCAUGCUGGGGAUGGGACUGCACCCCAUUUCUGGCCACUUCAUAGCUGAGCACUACAUGUUCCUCAAGGGCCAUGAGACCUACUCCUACUAUGGCUCCCUCAACUUGCUCACCUUCAAUGUGGGCUACCACAACGAGCACCAUGACUUCCCCAGCAUCCCAGGACGCAGGCUGCCCAUGGUGAAGAAAAUAGCAGCAGAGUAUUAUGAUGACCUGCCUCAGUACACAUCAUGGGUGAAGGUUCUGUACGAUUUCAUCAUGGAUGAUGCACUCAGCCCGUAUUCUCGAGUCAAGAGGAAGCUGAAGGGAGACGUCAAACAGGAGUAACUUCACUGAAAGCUUCUCUGGAACAAAGCUGCAGCAUCCACCAUGACAGCAGCCUGCCGCACCAUCCUAUAGACUAACAGCUUCUGCAUAUUAAUACAUUCAACAUCUGAAAUAAGGGUGGAGAUGGUGCACGUGUUUGGAGUACUUUUCCUCCACAACAAGAGGAAAUGGAUCCAGGUCAUAAAAACAACUGCUCACACAUUUAUUUGUAACUCAUGGCCAAGACAAGUGAUAUUAGUUUGGAACAUAAGAGUUUGUUAGCACCUAUAGACAGCGCCAAAGACUGGUUGCACAAAGAUUUGCUUAGAUCAAACAGAUAGUUUAAUUUAAGAUAGACAUCUAAUUUGCUGAAUGAAAUAAGACUGGUUGGAUUGCCAUGAAAUUUGGUACAAGCAUUCAUGGCCCCCUUGGCAUGAAUAGUCAUCAUUGUGGUGAUCUCCUGCCUUUUUUAAAUUUAAAGUUGCCCUAUAAUUUGGUUUAUGAUUGUCUUUAAAAGUAACCGCUGAUGUCCACUGAAUGUGGCUUCAAGACAUUCCAGCUCUGUUGCCACUGUGAGAGACGGUCCACUGCCGUUCUAGCCGCUAUGCUAAUAUGUACUGGAUGUGUGAGCAGAGGGUCUUAGGAAACAGCCCAUGUGUCCUCUACUUGUCAGCAGCUUAAAUUGGUUAGUCUUUAUUUGUAUUUAAUCCCCUCCAGACAUUUAAAAAACAAUAAUGUGUGUCUGAUAUGUUUUUUCCACAAAAAA